AUGUCAUCUGAAACUUUUCUCGAUCAUAAACCAUUCUUAUCCGAUUCGUUUGAUGUUCACGCCUAUGCCAAUGCGAUUUUACAAGGGAAAGUAUACAGACCCGAUGAAAAAGUAGAAGAAGGGAGUAAAGCGGAUAAGGAGAAGGGUGAUGGGGAUGUGGGAGCUGAGUUGGCAAGGUUGAAUUACGGUAUUGAACAUGUAACGAGACAACUCAGGCAGGAGAUAACAUCGUCUUACCGUCUACAUACCAAGAUACAUACACCAUAUUCCAAUUUAUCAUUACUCGUCGCACGUCAACAGGUUCUAGGACUGGUGACAGACUUGACUCGACGAGCUAGUAGAUUCGUAUUGCUAGCUCGACGAUUGGAAGGACAGUUGAGGAAAAUGGAGGAGAGUGAAAAAGGGAAAGUGGAAGGUGAAAGGGAAAGGGAAUUGGCAAAAGCAGCUCUAAGCGUAGCUGAGUUGGAUGCAUUACUCAAACCACCUUCCACCGAUGACGAUGAGGAGUUGAACGAUGCUCAGCAGAUACCGUUACAAGAAUUGGAGUUCGUGGAAGCAUACUUACCCGUGAUCGAUAAAGCUCGAGAUACGAUAAUACAGGAAAUGGAAAGCAUGGUGGUCAGUGGUCUAGCAGAUCUGAACCAAUCACUACUGUCAUCAUCUUUACAGACAGCCCACAAUUUACGUCUAUUACCAGAUCUGGUAUCAAACCUAAUAGCAGACUUGAAUGACGCCGUUACGCUGAGAGUGACGAAGGCAUUCGAUUCAGCGGGUAUAGGGAAAGAAGUUGCUGCGAAAGAGGGUGCGACAUCACACAGUGCCAUCAAGUUCUCGCGAGGUAGACCAGCUACUGAACCUACCAGCUCAAACACCCAAUUAUGGGUAAAUACACUUUGGAGUAGAUUGGAAAAGGUCGUGGAGGACGUUGCGAAUUGUUGUAUAAAGGUCUAUACUUUGGAGAAAGUGCUGAAACUGAAGAAAGAUGCUGUGACUGGAGUGGAGUUCUUAGAUGAAGUGAUGAAAACCCUUGACGAAAAGCCUAGUUUCGCAUUUUGGACGACACUAGCUAAAGCAUUCGAAAGUCAAUCCAAAGAUGCUAUAAGAUCUUCCCCUUGGCUUCAGCAGGCUCUGAGCACGGGCUACCCGCGGUUAUUACGAUUGUUCCAUGACUUCUUUUCGAAGAUUGCUGUGCAUACCGACACGGUCUAUACAAGAGACUAUCAGAGUACCGAAGCAGUACUCGUGCUCCGAUCUGUAUCAAUGUUCGAGACCCUCUAUCUAUCUCGAUCGACAACACGGAUGAACGACUCGAUUUCUACCGCCCUGUCAUCUUAUUUAUCUGCGAGAGGUAAUCCUCCUGGUCCGGGUGAUGGUGUCAGUAUAGCAAGGACAAUAACGAACGAAUUGGAUUCAGCAAGGUUCGAUCCGUUAUUGGUACGGACAGUAGCUAGAAAUGCUGGGAAAGUGUUAGACGGAUUUAUCAAGCGCAUAGAUGCUAUGUUGGUCAAAGAUUUCACGGCGACUAGUUUGAUUGGACCGAACGCUACUCCCGCGCAAGUGGUGAAUGCUCAACUUGUUGGAUGUUUAUACCAUUGUUGGUUGAAUGUGCAGUACGUGCAGCAUGACUUCGUAGGAAAGGUCUGGGAAACUUUGAGUCCGUCUGUCGAUUCGCUCGAAUCGACAUAUAAACGAAUAACAGACUUGCUCGAUUCCGCACUUCGAAAAGAAUUCGUCAGUAUUCUCACGCGUAUACAUAAAGUGGAUUUUUCAAAACCUAUGGAUCCAAUGACGAUGGGUUCAGGCGGUGGAUCGCCAUAUAUGCAAGAUUUGAUAGAUAAACUUUCGUUUGUGAGGAGUGAGAUAUUGGGCAGGAUGAGUUUGGGUGAGAUGAUGAAGGAAUGGGUGAUCGACCUAAGUAGAUAUAUAAUCAAAACUUUCCUUCUACACGCCUCGAUAGCCCGACCACUGGGUGAAAGUGGUAAAUUAAAGUUAACAGGAGAUAUGACGGAGCUGGAAAUGGGAAUUACGAAUUUACUCAACACUGGUAGAGUACAGGGUUCUAGGGGAGGUAUGAAGGUAGAGAAAAUAGGUGAAGAGUAUUUGGCUUUGAGAUCUUUUAGAACGCUAUUAUUCUCAGAUGAUAGUAAUUUAUCCAACCCCGUUGAAACUGUCCAUCUACCACCAAUCAUAAUACUCAAUCACAUAUUGGUCUUAUCGGCCAAAUUCAAAUUACCAAACGAUUUACAUAAUUGGACUGAACAUGAAUAUGUAUUGUGGAUAGAGAAACAUGAUCAGGAAGAACAAUUGGAUUUGAUCGAAAAAUCUUUGAAUGCUCAACUGAGGAAUGCCGAAGAAGGCGGAGAGGAUGAUUUGUAUGUUAGGUUGGUAAGAGAAGUGUUGGAUCAUGCUAGACAUGAUGAAGAUGAAACUCCAGGUGUAGGAUGA